GAGGACGCGCAGCUCACCGAGCUGGUCAAGCAGUUUGGCGGCAAGCAGUGGGCCCGUAUUGCGUCCGUCCUUCCUGGUCGCACCGGCAAGCAAUGCCGCGAGCGCUGGUGCAACAACCUCGACCCGAUGCUGAAAAAGGGGGGUUGGACGGCCGACGAGGACGCCGUUAUCCUCCGCCUCCACGCCAGCCUCGGGACGCGCUGGGCGGAGAUUGCGAAGAGCCUCCCCGGCAGGUCGGACAACUCGGUCAAGAACCGCUGGUACUCGACCUGCUCACGCCUUCUCAAGCAG